AUGGCGUCGAUCCUGCGACAAAUCGUCGCUGGUCCGCGAUUGCAACAUCCCGAGGCUGGCUUGGAUCUUUGCUAUGUUACGGAUGAUAUCAUCGCUACCUCCGGCCCCUCCCUGAACUUCCCCAAACGAGCGUACCGCAAUCCCCUCGACGCCCUGGUUAAUUUCCUCGACUCGAAACAUGGCUCCGAGUGGUGCAUAUGGGAGUUUCGGGCCGAGGGCACUGGAUACCCUGACUCGGAGGUGUAUGGACGAAUCCACCAUUUCCCCUGGCCAGACCACCAUCCCCCGCCGUUCGCGCUUAUACCGGCCAUGAUGGCCAGUAUGCGGAACUGGGUGCAAAGGUUAGACGACAGUGGCUCCAAGGAUACAGACGAGAACGGAAAACCGUCGGGUAAAGGGAAGCGAGUGGCGGUCGUGCACUGCAAGGCUGGGAAAGGGCGCAGUGGGACUGUCGCGUGCAGUUAUCUGAUCAGCGAGCAGGGGUGGAAACUUGAGGAUGCGCUUCAGCGGUUUACGGAACGGCGUAUGCGGAGUGGGUUUGGGGCUGGGGUUAGUAUUCCCAGUCAGCUGCGGUGGGUGGGAUAUGUUGAUCGGUGGGCGAAGUCGAUGAAUAAGAAGUAUGUUGAACGGCCUGUGGAGAUUCUUGAGAUACAUGUUUGGGGAUUGAGAGAUGGGGUCAAGGUCGCGAUUGAGGGGUUUGUUGAGGAGGGGAAGCAGAUCAAGUGCUAUCACCUGUUUCAUCGCAGUGAGAAGACGGUUGUCGACGAUGGGAAGACGCUAUAUGGCGGGAAGAAUGGGGAUGGCAAUGGUAAGAAAAAGGACGACAACCAAGAACCUCUGUCAGCUGUGUCAGCAACGUCUCCUGCGUCUUUGUUUGCGCCCUCUACAGAAUCCACCGUCACCAGUCAAUCCAGCAGUUCGACGCCUACAAAACGCAUCAAUGCCAUCCUCCUCCGACCCAGCAAACCCGUCAUCCUCCCGAGCUCCGACGUGAACAUCGAUUUCGAACGACGCAGCAAAGCCGCCUACACCGGCUGGGCCAUGGUCACUUCCAUCGCCCACAUCUGGUUCAACGCCUACUUCGAAGGCGGCGACCAACACACUUCCAACGUCUUCGAAGCCGACUGGGAGGCGCUAGACGGUAUCAAAGGAACAACAAAGAAGGGGGUAAGAGCCCUCGACCGCUUGAAGGUCGUCUGGCGCUACCCACCACCCUCCGAACUAGGCCUGCAAAAGGAUACCAAGGGAGGCGAUGUAAUCGCGCCCGUGGCCCUAGGCCAAACAGUCACUGAGCCAAAACCCGGCGAACCAAUCCCUGAAACCGAACCAGCGGACUGGCGCGGCCAACACCGGGAUCCCAGCGAUGGGCCCCUCCGCGAACACGAGCAGGAAAUGGAUAAAGAAAACCUCGUCCCGCGCGAGCGCAUCGCAGAGGCAACAGACCACCAACACGAGCGAGGCUCAAAGGGCCUGACUGUUCAGACGGAGCACCCAUGGCUCACUGGUGCUAGCACCGCGGCUGCGACGGCUGCAUCAGCCACAUUACAUUCCUUCCAUGGAUUGGAGAAAGAACUGGGAUUGAGGAAGCAAACGGAUGAGAGCCAGGAUGUUAGCUUGGCGAAUAGUGAGGAUGAAUUGGGGCCGGGGAAGACGAGGAAUCACAAGGCGCAUGUUGGUGCUGCGCCUGGUGCUGCGCCGAGUGUUUCGGUGGAGGAUAGUAUUAACGUUAAUGCUAAUAAGGGCAAUGGGGAUUUGGAGGGUGUACAGGCGCAUUCUGGGAAUAAGGCGGAUAAGGAAUAG